AUGGCAGUUGCAGUACCACCAGUUAGCCACGACAUCAUGUCGAUCCUCCAACAGAUGACCGCUUAUAUCCCCUUUGAGGAGAUCUCCCGACAGUCCUACAACAACCACAUCCCUGGCCGGUCUGGUCUGGUGCAUAUGGGCCGAUGGAAGGAACACGACAUCGAGCUCAAAGAACCCUUUGGUGAGCUUGCGGCCAUUGAAAAGGAAAUUCGCCUCCUUACCAAGCUGCAAAAGUGUUCCCAGAUCCUCCACCUCCACGGAUAUACCCUCGACCCUCAAUCCUCAAUCCCUUACCUCGUCCUCAACCACAACGAACACGGUACCCUCCACUCGUACCUCCUCAAUUUCCACCCCCAUCUCACCUGGCCCGAUCGCUAUAAUCUUGCCAUGGAUAUCGCUCUCGGACUCCGUUAUCUCCACCACAAGGGCAUCCGCCACCGCCAAUUGCACUCGGCCAGUGUCCUCAUCGACGACAAUGGCUCCGCAGUUCUCUCGGAUUUUGGAAACAGCAGAGAUUCAGAGGUCGCAUCAUCAAGGGAACACACCACCAGGAUGGCCUACCUGGCUCCCGAGCGGUUAUCCAAGAACGGACAGCGCUAUUCGAACGAGGCUGACAUCUACUCGCUUGGUAUGGUCUUUUGGGAGAUCUCGAGCGGUCGUUCCCCUUUCGAGGACCUCAUUACCCCUGAAAACAUCCAGAACGGUGCCCUGGUCUCGUUGGCGCAAAACAUUGUCUCCGGAAGACGCGAGCGUCCUGUCAAGGGCACCGACCCUACCUUUGAAGAUAUCUAUACCCGUUGCUGGCAGGCUAACCCUCAGGACCGCCCUUCGCUCGACUGGGUCAUCCAGACCCUCGGUGUCCUGUUGAAGCAGCCCUCCAGCACCUUCCUCCGCCAAUUGGAAGAAUUAACCAUGGAUGACGAGCCAAAGGCGGCUCCCUAUUCUCCACCAAUCCUCAAUCGAUCCAUGUCUAUCAAGGUUGGCCGUUCGCCUUCUUUUGACAGCGACGGUCAAGCCUCUCUGCGGUCGCGCGAGCUCUUGUUGUCUCCACGCGAGCCCGACUACCUCCCACCUCCGCAACCAGUGCCCCCACCCGUGCCACCAGUCUCUCAGCGUCGCAAGGCAUCCGUCGCGCCCUCUUUCACGUCCUCAUCCCGAUCCAUGUCUAUCAGCAGUGGCAGCUCCAGCGGUUCGUCCAUUAUGAGCGGCGGUGUGCCUGCCAUCCCUACCAGGGAUGCUCGUCGCGUCUCGACCAUGGCCUCCUUCCAUUCCCAGGAGAUCCCUCAGUACACCUUCCCUCCAAAGAGACGUAACCCACAGACCAUCUGGGAGGCCUGCCAGGAGGGCAACGCCGAUCUUGCAGAGAGUUACAUCCUCACCAAUGGAGCGAACCCCAAUGGGCUGGCCUCGCUUCCCGCCUACUCUAUGCUUGCCGAGGUCACGCCCAUACAUGUCGCCUGCUUCUACCAGCCAGAGACGCUCAUGGAUGUUCUCAAGACUCUUCAGAGGAACGGUGCCAACAUGCAGCAGUACACCACCCUCACCAACCAGAAUGCUCUCCACAUUGUUCUCGAGCAUGCGACCAACUACGCCUUGGCUCUGGAGGCGACCAAGUUCUUGAUGAACGAGUGCCAGCUUAGCGUCAACGACGCCGACAACCGCGGUUUGACUCCCUUCCACAAGUACAUCAAGAACGCCAACCUCAGCGAUAUUGUCUCUGUUGCUGGAUCGGAACUGUACACCCUCUUGCGCGAGAAGGGCGAGGCCAGUCUGAGCAUCGAGUCUCACCAUGAGGGCAAUGCUCUCGGCCUGACUGCUCGCUACCUUCGUGUCGACCUCAUGAAGUUGUUCCUCUUAACUGACCUCGGUAGCUCUGAUCAUAAGAGUUUGUCCUAUGCUGUCAACGCUGUUGAGGCACCCCUCAGCGAGACCAGGACCUCGAGGGAGGCUCAGGAUCUGUGCAGGUCUGUUCUGGCCGAGUGGAAGGGCGAGCGUGGCGAGACCAAGCGUAUGCGUAUGGCCGAACGUAUCCUGGAGCACCAAGGUAUCUCUCCCAAUGCCCCCGCGUCCUCUCCUCUCCUGGCCUCUUCGUCCAUCUUCCCCAUAUCUGGCUCUAAAACUCGCAAGCAAGGCGGUCUUUUGGGACUGGGCAAGUCCAGCAAGGCCUCGAAGGAGGAGCCUGCACCUGCUAUUCCCCCUUUGCCCUCCAAAGUUGCCACCGAGGUCGAUGUUGCCAAGAAGAUCCUUCAAAGCACUGCUGUCAAGCAGCGCAAGCUCAAGAGCCUCAUAGCCGACUCUGGCUUCUAA